AUGGCAGUACCUGUUGAUAACGCCAAUUGGUUUUACGGUAAACCUACUUCGAGCUGCUUCAUGGAGACCGAGCCCAACCAACGGUGGAAAGUGUUGCAGGACAGUGGCAACCAGUCUCCACAGGCGUGGUUCCUUGUAAUCAACUCUCUGAUGAAGGAAGCUCAAAACACCGCUGAUCCCCAAGGGACGUCUACCCUAGACAACCCUGGCCAUUCACAGUUCAGUCGCCGUUCCCCAACGCCCGAGCCGGCCACAGAGGUUCGCCAAAAUUUGGAGACCUUGGCGAACGCGGUACGCUGCUUUAGCCUGGCCUUGCCCGACCGUCUCCACUAUCGCGGCCAGUAUCUAGUCUUUGGUGCCCCUGUCCCACGGCAGGCAGAAUCUCAGCGACAGUAG